AUGGCAAGGAUCUCUCUGUUGUUCUCUUUAGCCUUUGCUCUCGGCCUCUGCUCAUUGUUCCUUUCCGUUUCCGGCCACGCCCCUCCCACGCUGAAAGUUCAUCAUUUAUGGCCAAAAACAGUAUACGAACUGGAGACCUUACCCUUCGCCAAAAUCACACAUUUACUAAACCGGAAAGAGAAGUUUGCCCCGAAAACCGCUGAGUUUAAGGCAAUGUUCACAAUGUGCAAAGGCUAUGUCGUGUACCUCGAGAGCCUCUACAAGCUUGAGAAUCCCAUCGUAGAUGUUUUGGGAAUUGCCAAGGCCAAAUACAUCUUAAUGGACAAAGCUAUUCUGGCAGCGCAAGCUAGUGUUAUCGGUCAAGUCGAUAACAAAACUUCUAAAAGGAAGCUAAGGAAAAGCUGUAGUGGUUUGACAAAAACGUUUCUCCAGAUUCAAAAAACGAUCAUAAGUAUCUCAGCCAAACAUGAUUUCAAGGCCAAUGCUAAGCUAAGCUUCCGCGAAUCGGCAAAAAUCAGUAACGUUGUGGUUGAGUUCAGGAUGUAUCUCGAUGUUUUCAUGGAUAUAGUCUACGAUAUUGAAGAGAAGAAGAUGAAAAUAGUUGGUCACCACGCAAGAAAACUUGAAGAUGAUAGAGUAAAAAAUGCUUUCGCUCGGUUUUUCAGGACCUUUGCGGACAAGUACGGUGGUUAUAUGGGAGGAAAAAAUCAUGGAAGAAAACUAAACGAAGCUAAUGAUCAAAAAUUCAAUUCCCUUUCUCAUGGUGGUGCUGAUAUUAAAGGAUUUGAAGUCAUUUGCGAAAAUUUUUCAAAAUACUUUGGUGGUUAUUUCGGAGCAAAAUCUCGAAGAGAAUUAGCCGGAGUCAACGCCGGAGUUCAAUUUAAUGCAGCCGGGAAAAUUAAAUUCGUCGGAAAGGAUGGAUUCAGAUCAUUGAACCGUGCACAUAACAAACAUAUGAUUUGA